CCUUCCUCCUGGAGAGAAACUUGGAAGCGUCUCCUACCUCUCUCUCUUUCCCUCUCGUCCCUUCUCCUGGCGAGCGACGGCCGGGCGAUACUGCUACGGGUGCCGCGCCACCCUUCGCUUGCUAAGACCGGACACCAGUUUUGGAAAAGAUGCGGAAAAUUAAGAGGGGUGGUGAUGAUCUCACAAGAAGCUCCCAUAAGAAUAGAAGAGCUUGCAAUGGUGGAGGAGAGAUAACUGAGUCAUCGAUCUCAGGUGACUUACAUUGGGACUCUAAUCAAGAUGUCUGGACUAGGCUCAGUGAUGAAAUUAAAUCAAAUUUGUCUAAAAGUGUUGCCUCACUUGCUUUGUGCAAUGGAGACACAGUGGUAUUUGCAUGCUCAGGCAUAGCUAUAGAACGCCAGGGGUAUGUUACAAGAUUUAUGACUUCAGCAAGUUUGGUUAGAGUUUUCAAUGAUACAAGAAAAGGCCAUGAUCCACGCAAAAAAAAAGAAAAAAGAAAAGGCCAUGAUAGCUUAAAGAUUGAAGUGCGCCAUGAAGGUGAUGAAGUGUAUGAGGGGUUUUUGGCAGAAUAUAGUUUAGAUAGCAACUUUGCUGUUGUCGACGUCAGGACCUUCCUUGAUGUUCAUGUUGGACUUAUCGAACAUGCGGUGGAAAUUCUGCCCCGUGGUAAGGUAGUAGCUGUAGGGCGUGGCAUCUCUGGCAAAUUAAUGGCCACAAGUGUGAUACUUACUGACGAUUUAAGUGGAUCUGAAAUUAAUGAAGAUUUUAUAUCGUCUACUUGUAAAAUCUCGGAGGCUUGGGAAGGUGGGCCACUUUUUUCUUUUGAUGGGAACUUUGUUGGCAUGAACAUUUGUUUGGUUAUGGAAAGAGCCUUUUUCCUACCAUGGGGCACAAUUCUCGAGCGUCUGGAUCAUUUUUGGACAUCCCUGCAAAAGAAGACAGGUCUUCCACAGUCAAAAAGUUUGAAGGGGGUCAGGUUUGGAGCAAGACCCAUUGAUGAGACAUCUAACUGCAAUCCAGAAGUCUAUAGAGAUGUUGUCAACAAGGAACAGUUUGAGGAUCUAGACUCCAUGGGUUACCCUAAGCUACCAAUAACCAUGUUACAUGAUGGCAUGAUUUUGGUUCAUACUUUUGAAGAGACUUUUGGCGAUAUAUGUGGUGAAGGUGUCUGGAGCGAACUCAGUAAAAAAGCUUCUUCUAACAUACGUCGCAGUGUUGUCGCAAUCGCUUCAUUCAAUGGAGAAAAAAGGUUUUUCGCAUGCACGGGUUUUUUUAUUGAAUGGAAUGGAUCUACGGCUAUUCUGACGUCAGCGAGCUUGGUUAGAAAUUCUGGUGAUGAAAACAAGAUUGAUGAAAACUUGAGGAUUGAAGUGUUGCUUCCAAACAAACAACACAGAGAAGGCACGUUACAGCAUUAUAGUCUACAUUACAAUGUUGCUCUAGUCAGUGUCAAGGAUUUCCGUGCUCUUCGUCCAGCAAAUAUUCAGCUUCAGUGGAAUAACAGUUCUAAAGUAGCAGCUGUAGGGCGUUGCUUCAAAUCAGGCGCAUUAAUGGCUGCAAGUGGGUGGCUGGUUUCCUGGUCGGGCACACUUGAUUGCAAGUUCAUUGUACGUUCCUCGUGUAAAAUCACUAAGGCUGGGAUCGGAGGACCCCUUGUUAAUUUGGACGGGGAAGUUAUUGGUAUGAACUUCUAUGAUAGGAAAGUAGGAACCCCUUUCCUGUUAUGGAAGGAGAUUCGCAACAUUCUGUCAUAUUUUGAGGAAAAAAGUAAGGCUGCUGUUGGCAAUGAUAGUGAUCCCUCUGGUGCACAUUUCUGGAAAAUGGCUGGAGAUCACAGAGUUCGGUUAAACAGGUAUUCUGAUAGGACUAUGAACUCCCAUCCGGCUUCCGCUGCAAGCUGAGAUACGGAUACAUAAAGGGAAAGAGAGUCCAAUACUUGUAGAAGCCAUCAUGCCCUCGAUACGUCUCACUAUCUCCAUGUCGUUGCCGGUGAACCUGUUUGAGUUGGCUAGCACUCUAGAAGUAACCUGUUGUGACCUGUAGUUUAGUUAUCACAACGAUCUGUUUGUUGCCUAGUCUUCUAAUAUUACAUGUGCUGUGCUUCGUUUCUUAGAGUGUCACAAUUAUCCAGUGCUUUGUUGUGUAAUGGCAUGCAUUUGCGUUGUGGUUUAAAUUAUACUAUCGUACUCAUAGUAAGACUAUACAGCUGCCUGUGAUACUGGGUUGCGUCCCUUGUUUCCGCUGCUGUCUAAUACUUUAUUGAGAAGAA